GAUGGAAUCGAUGAGCUGGACGAUUUCACCAAAAUGGCUCGGGAGAGAGCAGAUAUUGAAGCGAAAUAUGGGAAAACGAUGCAACAGUUUGCAGAAAAAUGGAAAGCCCAUGUGGAUAGAGGUGUUCAAUCUGGCUGUAUAAAGAAAGCCUGGUUAGGUGUACUAGAAGAAGCCGAAGCUAUCUCUGUCCAACACAAUCGAGUAAGGGAUCGACUGAUGGAAGAGGUCCUCAAAACCUUGGCGCUUUACCGGAAAGAGAAUUAUCAUCCAUCAGCGUUUCGAGCGCCAAAAGAAAUUCGCGAAGCAGAGGAAGGCUUUGAAAGGAUGGAACGAGUUCUUGGAAAACCUGCUAAUAUUUGUCCAAUGCACAGGUAUGACUUUAAAAGGGGACAAUGGCGACGGCGAACUUGA